AUGCUCGACGGGGUUCGGCGCGGCCCCAACGUGUGCAACGAGGAGGGCGGCGUCGUCUACGCGCAGAACAGCGGUGCGGUCUCGAUCAUCGACUCAGAUGUGUCGGACUGCUCUGCUGGCUAUGAGGGCGGCGUCGUCAGGGCGUUUCGCACCGGUGCGGUCUCGAUAAUCAGCUCGACCGUCGCCGGCUGCUCGGCUAGGCAGGCCGGCGGCGUCGUCCACGCGUAUCGCAGCGGUGCGGUCUCGGUAAUCGGCUCGGCCGUGUCGGGCUGCUCGGCUGGCAAUCUCGGCGGCGUCGUCUACACAUUUACCGGCGAGUCCCUCUCCAUCGCGGGUGUCGACUUCAUCAACAACUCGGCUUCAACAGGCUCGGUGCUGUACCUGCAAGGCAUCAAACAACGUUCCUCCAUCAGCAACGCCUCCUUCACCGGCAACGACGGUGUCAUCGCCGAGGCGCGCCGGAGGCAGAAGACUGCUGCCCUUCUACUACGCAUGCCCAACCACUGUCGAAUGAGCUCCCUCCCCCUCUUUGUGCCGGGCGACGCCUCAACCCAGACGCUUGUCUUCUCGAAGCCGGUGGUCCUAUGGGCCUCGCCAGCCAACCCGGGCGCCGCAGAGCUGGCUCGCGAGCUUGCCAGGGCCUUUCCCGGCCUCACCGUGUCCACCGUUGCGGACAUUGGCUCUUCUUCAUCAGCACGCCCCUCCACGGCGCCUCGCGGGCUGGCACGCCGAACGCGCCGCGCCGGCGAUGUGACCCACAUGCUGUUGUACCUCAAUCAGAACACCUGGUUAGAGGACGACGGCGAGCGGCUGGCAGAGCAGGUCAAGCAGGCGCGCGAGGACAAGCUUCAGAUCGUCAUGGCGCACGAGAACGACCCGGACCUCGGCGGCUGCGCGUUUGACAGAAUGUUCGAAGUCACGCCGCAGGAGCUCAUCAAGGACGGGCUGUAUCGCGAUCUUGCGCGCUCCUUCUUUCCCGGCGCAUACCGCGAGGUGGUGCCGCUCUAG